UAAAACAACAAAAACAAAACAAAAGAGGUAGGUACCUACACAUUGAAUAACACCGCGGGAAGUUAAAAUUAAAUUAAACUUUCUUUUGUUUGUUGAUUUCUAUAGUUUUAUUUAUAUAUGUAAUUAGUUCCGAAGUACCUAUGUAACUACCAGUAAAAAGUACACUGGGACAAUUCAAAAUGUCAUCCUAAUCCAAGUUGUGUGCGAUCGUAAACAUUGGAACUACUUCCUGGCGGAGCCAUUAGACACAAGUUUUCAUCAAAAGACCGCCACAAUGCGUGGUUAUGUGAAAUUGUUUGUGUUUUCUUUGUUUUUAACUGUUUGUUCAUGUUCUACACCACAAUGUAGAAAUGAAAAAGGAGAACCUGUUGAUUGGUUUUACCUUUAUAAAUUGCCUCGGGAGAGAAAUCACCUGAAUCCACUUAUCCGCCAGGGUGUUGCGUACAUGUACCUUACUCCUUCAAAACUGAGGGGAGGCUGGAUCAUGUCUGAUAUAGCUAUAAGUGAUCCACGGUCAAUGCUUGGUAGGACACUAGCUCCAUUAUAUCAGGAUAAAAAUAUAUUAUCUGUUGUUUACAAUGACCAACCACCAUCUCUGGAAAGUCAACCAGAUGUUUUGUUGAAUAUAGCAGAGAAAUAUUCAAAAACAAAAAGAGGACAAAUGAAUCAAGCUUCUAUUAGAAGGUACAAAAAGUUCAAAUUAGGAGACAAGUACUAUGAUGACUAUGAUUUAGCAGAGAUGUGUAAGAUGCACUCUAAGUUCAUGAAGACCCGAGUGGAAAGCGGCCACACCAAGGGGGUGCUCCUGGGGGAUAAAUUUACGUCAUUGUGGUUGGUCCAUUCGGUGCCACGGUUUCCUCCCGUACCAAGUAUGCACGGAUUAAACAUAACAUCGUACGAAUACCCAGCCACCGGAAUGAAAUAUGGUCAAUCAGCUCUAUGCGUGUCCGUUCAGACGUCCACUUUGAACCAGAUUGGGAACCAGUUGAAAUACAAUGAACCACUCAUUGUGCAUCAUCAUAUACCUUCGGAACUGGAGGGAGAACUGCCCAAUUUGAUGGACAUUAUUAAGAAUAAGACUAUUGAUGCGUCUCCAUGGUAUCACAUAGAAAGUUUCGAGACGCUUGUCGGUCGGAAGUUUUUGUCUUUCGCCAAGAGCGCCAUGUUCAAUGACGAUUUAUAUAGUGGGUUGGUGGCCGAGGUAUUGCAGUCAGACUUACUGGUGGAAUCCUGGACUAACGGACCUGGAACUUUAGACUCCGAGUGCAAUAGGAAUUUCCAAGUACGCAACAUCGAGCGGCUAAAGUUCCCUAUAGCUAAAAUGUCUUUCACGUCGCACAACGACCACUCAAAAUGGGCGGUGGCUGUGGCACAUAAGAUGCACAACAGUCAGGACACUAAAGUCGCCGAUUACUGGGUUUGUGUCGGCGAUAUCAAUAGAGCGCUACCACAAGAAUCGCGCGGUGGCGGGACUGUUUGUACGUCGGGGCCAAUUUUAUGGGGCAACUUUGCCCAUCUCAUUGAAACCGUUCAGACGUGGGCUAUUUACAAGCCUCCUUCCCGGUCUUUCGUAGAGCGAGGACGCUUCUUCGUUUACUUGACGGAAUUCUCAGAAGGACGAUGGGAACCUUCCGAAGUCUACAUCACGGCCCGGUCGAUGCUGUUCAACACUAUAGAGCCAAUGUUUAUGACAAUUUAUAGGAAUGAUAUAGCAGUAGUGGUAUACACCGAGCGACCAGGGAAGGAAGGGUCGAUUGUCCAGGGUGUACUGCUGGCGGAUGAAAAUGGAGGCAUUUGGCUCACACAUACCGUUCCUGGACUACCUGAUGUCAAUCAGGACAAGCUGACAUUCCCAGAGGAUGAAAUAGGAAACGGUCACAUGCUGAUGUGUAUGUCACUAGACCACGCGGGUUUAGAUAACAUCGCCAAGCUAAUUUCUCAAACGGAGCCAGAAUUUACUCGAAUCACAGUGCCGCGGUUAUUGGCAGAUUUGCUGCCUACUUGGGCCAGUCUUACGUCGCCAUUGCAGAAACUUAUAGAACAUUCAAUAGUGGGCGACUUUUACACACGGGGAGGAACUCUGAACCCCAUUCUGAUGGUUCGGAAACCUGGGAGUUCCUACAGCCUGCUGGAAACUUUCGCCAGGGCCAAGAAAGUGGUGCUGGACGUCUACGGGAUUCGGAAUAUGAAGUCUGUUUGUUCUGAUAUUUAUGGCGUUCGUCAAAUCCAAGCUAUUUCCUUGAAAUUCCCCGAGGAAAUACACUACGUUGACAACUCCACUGACCGCGCUACGUUCGCGGUGAGCACGGCGGCGCACUGGCAGAGGACAGGGGCCGGACCUGCGCAGUAUUGGACCUGCAUCAGCAGCCAUGAACGAAACAGAAUGCUGCGGAGAGGAAGAAUGUUAUUAUGCGUCCAAAGCUACGAUGUUUGGAUCGCGUUCGAUAACUUGAAAAUUAAGGAGCCGUCUUGUUAGAC